CUCUUUCUGAAUGAGGUCAGUGACAAUAGAGUCGUUUGGAGAAACUCGUGAUGAACGACGAAUAGUCCUGAUACGAAUCACCAAUGGAAAUGGAAUGCGCGUGGAGUUGUUGAAUCUUGGAGCAACAGUGAGAUCAAUUGUUGUGCCUGACCGAGAGGGUAUUAUGACGGAUGUCGCACUAGGUUUUGACACUGUGAAAGCUUACGAAUCUGAUCCGUUAUCAAUUGGCUCCACAAUAGGGCGAGUAGCUGGUAGAAUACGAGAUGCACGUUAUGCUCUUGACAGCAGAGAAUACUUUCUUGCGCAAAAUGACCAUCCUCAUCAUCGCAACGGAGGAGCCAAAAGCCCACUUAGUAAGAAAAUCUGGAAUUAUACACUUCUUGAAGAAGGCAAUGGCGUUGUGUUCAACGUUCGAUCACACGAUGGGGAAGAAGGUUACCCGGGCAAUGCGAAUGUGCAGGUUUCCUAUGUCCUUACGAAUCACAACGAAAUUCUCGUGCAAUUCUCAGCAAACACCGAUAAAUCGACUCUGAUGAAUUUGUCUAGCAAUUUUUAUCUGAAUCUGGACGGUGAGGGCGCUACUCUUGAAAAUCACGAGCUUCAAGUCACUGCCACAUCGUACUUGGAAACGGAGAAGGGUGGAAUAGUAACAGGUGAACUAAUUGACCUGCCAUCAACAUCACGAGAUCCUCAACCGUUGCGUAAAGAUAGAAUAGACGACUUCAAUCACAUUUAUUGCUUUGAUCCGCUGCAAACGAAAUCAGCAAAGAAAUUUAGGCACAUGAUGAGGAUAUUUUCGAACAAAAGCGGUAUCGAUCUCAACGUAACGUCAACAUUAAGUUGCUUACGAUUUGAUACUGGUACGGAACUGGAUGGUAGCGCUGGAAAACAGGAUAAGCAGUACAGACGCCACUCAGCGUUUGUGAUCGGUUGUCGAGGAUUUGAAGAUGCUUGUAAUCAGACACAUUUCCCAUCGAUAUCACUUCGACCUGACCAACUUUAUCAGCACAUUACUAUUUAUCGAUUUUCUCUGGUAGAAUAA